UAUCUUGAAGAAGCCAAUCAAUGGUUGAAAGUCGCUCAUCACGGCCUACACCCCCUAAAUAUUUACUCUUACUAUGUUUUCAAAACUAGACUUCUUUAACAUAUAGUAGUACCAUUUUACAAGCCAAGACUCUGUUUUAAAGCAACCCCAUGGAAUUGCAAAAAACCAUUGCUCUGUUUCUUCUCCUCUCCUAUUAUUUAAUUACCAUAGUCAAAAGCACAGAAAUUUGCUUUACCUCUGCAUGUCGUCGCCGGGACGAACCUUUGAUUCGUUUCCCUUUUCGUCUACAGAAUGUCCAAUCCCAAAAUUGUGGCUAUUCAGGUUUCAACUUACACUGUGAUGCAGCAAACCAAACAAUUCUUAAGUUACCAAAUUUAUCAGCAGAAUUCACUGUUCAUGCCAUAGAUUAUUCUACACAAGAAUUAUGGCUUAACGACCCAAAAGAUUGCUUACCUCAGCUCCUCCUUAAACUCAACCUUUCUUCUUCUCCUUUUUCUGGGGUUUAUUAUCAAGAUUUUACAUUGUUCAAUUGCUCUUUUUAUUAUACAAGGGCGAAGCUAAAUCCAAUAGCUUGUUUAAGUGGUUUAAAUUAUACGGUGUAUGCUACAUCUUCUAUGAGAGGAGCUAGAUUGUUGUCAACACCAGCAUGUAAUUUGAUUGGAACUAUUGCUGUUCCAGUUCAGUGGCCAUUUUUCGAGCAGGUUUUGUCGUCAGAUCUUAGCGAUGAUAUUCUGCUGUCUUGGGCUAAUCCGGAUUGUAGAAAGUGUGAGUCUAAGGGUGGACGAUGUGGUUUCAGGAAAACCAAUUUUAGUCAACAAAUCAUAUGUGAAAAUGUUCGUCAACGCGGUAAUAUUCCUAACUCCCUAUCUUAUCUUUUUCUUUAGUCAACAAAUAUCAUUUUCCCAAAG